AUGAAGAGACAGGCGCGAAGGCCCCUCCUUGCAAUUGUUCCUGUUGUCAGAAUAAAGGGAGCUGCCGCCCUCCUCCUGUUGCUGUUGACAGUUCUUCCAGCUUUUGCGUUUCUCGCUGAUGUUCCCGCAAGUCCAACAUCCAAUCGGCUUUUGUCGUGGAAUCUCCACCUAAGCCUAAAUCUACUAAAAGAUGAUGAUCAUGAUGAUGAAGGUCUCUCCAAAACUCAAAAGCAACAACCGUCCGUCAUUGUUGCUGGCAAAAUUAUAGUGGAUGAGUACGGUGAUCCCACCAAAGACAAGAUAAAAAAUAACACAUCACCCAGCACUACUGUGGGUGGAGGAGGACCUCAAGCCGCCGUGGGAGCUGCAUUGGCAUUGGCAGCCCUUGCUCUGAAGAAAAAUCCUGAAGGUGCUUCAUCGUCUCAUUUUCCGCCCCGACAACCCGUCAAGUUGUUGGCGCCAUGGUAUGCCGUGAACAACUCCUUUGGAGACACGGGAGCUGCUGGAUUGUGGGGACAAUUGCCAACUGUACAGGAUUACUUGGCUGUCAUCAGACAACAACAAGACCAACAAACAGAAAAAUCAGAAAAAUCAAAUCACUCGCCCAAACCCAUUCUUUUUAUCAUUGUGGAAGGUGGCAAAGAAGCACCAGGGAAAAAUGGAGAUUCCAGUCCACUGCUGAAUCCAGGGCUGCGCCAGGAAAUUUCCUUUUUGGGAGUGGAGCCCAUUCUAUUUCCAAAUGAUGAGGGAGUAUUUAGUGAGCAAGAUGCCUCUCAUUGCGCCUCUCUUAUACAACAAGUUUUGAAUGCAGCACCAUCAGGAAUAAUUGAGGGACCGUCCGUCGUUGUCUCUCCUGACAUGGCCGCCUUCUUGGCUCUGCAGGGCUGUUCUGUUCCUCCACAGUCGCAAAAAUUAGACUCCUGGGCAGUUCGUAAUGGACCCAAGGGAUGCCAAAUACAUUGUCAAAAAAAUGAUGACUCCAAUACUACUACAAUUCAACAAUUUCCUGCAGCCACACUUAUCCCACUGGAGCUGGAAAUUCUUUUGGUGCUGCAUACACGGCCCUGA